AAAACAUUUUUUGAAUUAUCACAAAUCUCCCACUAAAAUAUUUACUCUGCUUCCUACACUUAACUUUCCUACAUGGUCCAGCUGAUUCCGCCCCUUUCAUUGUGUCUUUUCCACCUGCUAGGCACAGCCUGUCUCCAGCUGCUGUCAUUCCAGGUUCCCACAAUUCCCAGGGCCUGGAGGGUAGAGGUUGAUUCAUAUAAACAGAGAUAGUCAGGACUCCAGGGAGACAACGUCCUCUACCAGGUGUCUGCAUAAUAAGAAGAUUACUGACAUCAGGGUUGGAGUAUGGCCAUAGGAGGAAGUUUUAGCCUCUUAGGAUUGGUGGAAAGAUGUAGACUUUGCAAUCAAGCAAACUUAGCUUUGAAUCCUAAGUCUGCUAUUUUCUGUGUGUAAUCUUUAUUAGUUCCUCACCUAAAAUCAAUGAUACUCAGUUUGCAGGAUUAUUGGGUUAGAAUGAAAUAAACAUUGGACCUGUAGCUAAAAUAUUGAGUAUAUGAUAGGUUCUCCAUAAGGGUAGCUAGUAUAGACCUUUUAGCUCUGAUCAAUAUGUAAGGCAGAAGUUCCUGCCCAUGUCUCUAGGCAAGAUAGAGAUGUUCAAAGUAGCAUUGAACUUUCUCAAAAAUCCAAAGGCAUUUUUGGUCAUUGGUAAAUUAAGUCACCAUGUUGUUUCCAGGACUAAAUAUGCUAUAGACAGGUAAUAACCAACCUCAUAAAAAAAAAAAACUUAAACUUUUUAAAUACUAAGAAUUUAAACAAAAGUGUAUUUGGUAAACACUUUUAUUUUUAUUUUUUCAAUUAGAAUAGCCUAACUUGAUAACAAUGUACCCACAAAUGUUGACUGUCUCUAUUAGGUGUAAAAAGAACCCAGCUGUAAUGUUUAAUGUGGUGAAUGACAUAAAGGAACAUGCAAACCGAUCCAAAUGUUUAUAAACCAAGUAUUCCUCUGGGACUCAGUGCCCUGACUUUAUGUUUUUUUUUUUAAGACAUAGAGAGUCAAGCUUUGUUCAUACUUGAAUUAUGUACAUUGCAUUAGCCAUGCAAUUUAACUUUAACCCACAGGACUGCAAAGAAAAUUAGCUCAGCCUGCAGAACAACGAGACCGUGAGCAAGUAAGCACGUUAAUCAAAGUGAAAGGCUCACCCCUCACUUCUAGCUCUGUCCUUCUCCAGCCUGUGCCUGCCAGAUUAUUUUGGGUUCCUCGUGUUUGACUCGUCAAAGUGGCAGAAACAGGCUAAAAUGUUCACUGUGGAAAAGGGAUUUGCCUUUUAAAUUAAUGUUUGUGCACAUGCCCCGAGGAGACUGAUGAGAAGCACACAAUUUUUAAAAAUCAUAAGUGAAUGCAUACCCUUGCCACUAGUAAUCCUGACAAAGCUUAAGUAAUUCAGGCAUGAGCACGGUUUUCUGAAAGUAUAAAACAGGAUUUACUAGUUGAGAAUGUCUGCCUAAACAACCUCGUUGCUCUGAAUAUUUUAACUAUAGUUCACAUUUGUUUAACCCUAGCAGGUCUGGUAAACGUACCACGUUUACUGAUAGUGUCUUGGAACAUCACAAAAUAAACCAAUACGUGGCUUUUACGCUCGUUUUGACAGAGAGUGGACAGAGAACCCUACAGGGGGGUUGGAAACUGUUUGCCCUGGCAUCUGGCUUACAAGUACCUGUAGGGGAGCUGACCACAUUCACCACUCUUUCUGUAAAGGGAAUAUAAGCUAUUUACUCAUCUCCUGAGAGCCUAAUGUGGAUUACUGUCGUUGUCACUGUCAUUUAUUAUUCCCGACAGAGGAGGCAGAUGACUUAGUUCUACGUGGUCAGGGUUGAUUCCAUAAUGUGUAUAUUUAGCCUACAUGAUAAUAAUUUGCAAGUAUUUUUAAAUGAAUAUCUAGCUUUCAAAUGUCAUUAAUGGAAAAUAUCUCAAUAGAGAUACUCCGUGCCUAGGUGUUCACCUCAACCUCCUCCCACCCCACUCUAAUGAUUCUGCUUUACGGAUGACCAUAUAUUAAAUUGGUGCCUUAUAACUGAGCGUGAUCAUCUCUCUAAUUCUCAACCCCCACGGUAAAGGAGGAAUUGGCCUAAGGACACUCCAUUCUAAUUUUCUGACGCCGUCAAUGCUAACCAGAGCUCAUAGAGCAAUGAUGUGGGGGUGGGGAAGAUGGUUCCACCAUUGGUGUGAGACCAGGAGCUACUGUUUUCGUUAGAGCCACAUUUAUUUCUGGAGUAGUUGUGGGAGAGAGAUGUGCUCCAAAGAGAAGAGGACUCUCGUUAUGGUUCAGUUGAACCAAGACUCUGAGGCUGAUAUGCAAUGUCACUUACAACAUUAAUCAGAUACUGCAUUUAAGGUAGGAGGCAAGGUGGAUUCUAUUUUUAACUCUUAUGCACUCCAUCGUGUGCAAGCAACUUGGGUUCUCAAAUUUGUAUUUUCAAUGCUGGUAUCAGUGGUUUGAUUUUCAGCAAAUGUGACAGUGGCCUUUGCAGUGGUCAGCUCCGAGCUUUGAACUCUCAGAGGAGGAAGGGGAAAAAAAUUCAACACACCACCUCCUUGGUUGCAGUCUCAGAGAAACCUUGGAUGAGAAACUUCUUUUUUCAAUCCUGUUUUCCUGUUGAUAAAUUCAGUUCUGUGAUCACAGUUCAUUCAAGCUGUUCUGCGUAUGAUUUUUGUGUGUAUGUGGCAAUUGCAUCUAAAACUUGUGAGCAAGAAGACAGAGAAAUCAGUUGGUCUCCAUCGCUUUACAUAAAAAUGGCUGAGUGUCUUGUCAUGCUAGCACUGCAUUAAGUGAUACAUACAGAUCUUGAUGUGGAAGAAAUGGAGGACUCAGAACCAAGGAUUUCCAAGUGAUUUCUUCCAAAGCACAGGAAUCUAACUCCGUUAAAGCUGAUCUGUUCUGACUGAGAUGACAGUCAUGUCCCUUUCCAGGGACCUCAAGGACGACUUUCACAGUGACACGGUGCUCUCCAUCUUAAAUGAGCAGCGCAUUCGGGGCAUUUUAUGCGAUGUCACUAUCAUUGUGGAAGAUACCAAAUUUAAAGCCCACAGCAAUGUUCUGGCAGCUUCAAGCCUGUAUUUUAAAAAUAUCUUUUGGAGCCAUACAAUCUGUAUUUCCAGCCACGUCCUGGAGCUGGACGAUCUCAAAGCUGAAGUGUUUACUGAAAUACUUAAUUAUAUCUACAGUUCCACGGUCGUUGUCAAAAGACAGGAAACAGUCACUGACCUUGCAGCUGCAGGAAAAAAGCUGGGAAUAUCAUUCUUGGAAGACCUUACGGAUCGCAACUUCUCCAGUUCCCCGGGUCCCUAUGUAUUCUGUAUUACUGAAAAGGGAGUGGUCAAAGAAGAAAAAAAUGAAAAAAGGCAUGAAGAACCAGCCAUCACUAAUGGGCCAAGGAUCACAAAUGCAUUUUCCAUCAUCGAAACAGAAAAUAGUAAUAACAUGUUUUCCCCGCUGGACUUGAGGCCAAGUUUCAAAAAGGUCUCCGACUCCAUGAGAACAGCUAGCCUUUGCCUGGAGAGGACGGACGUCUGCCACGAGGCAGAGCCUGUCCGCACACUCGCCGAGCACUCAUACGCUGUUUCUUCCGUAGCCGAGGCUUACAGAAGUCAGCCUGUACGUGAACACGAUGGCAGUUCACCUGGGAACACAGGGAAAGAAAAUGGUGAAGCCCUUGCAGCGAAACCGAAAGCAUGCCGAAAGCCGAAGACGUCCUCCAUACCGCAGGAUUCUGACUCAGCUACAGAAAAUGUACCACCCCCUCCAGUAUCCAACUUAGAGGUCAAUCAAGAAAGAAGUCCACAGCCAGCUGCAGUUCUCGCUCGUUCGAAAUCUCCAAACAACGAAGGAGAUGUCCAUUUUUCCAGGGAAGAUGAAAAUCAGUCUUCUGAUGUUCCCGGUCCGCCGGCAGCAGAGGUUCCACCUCUGGUGUACAAUUGUAGCUGCUGCUCCAAAGCCUUCGACAGCAGUACUCUGCUCAGUGCCCACAUGCAGCUUCACAAGCCAACCCAGGAGCCUUUAGUGUGCAAGUAUUGCAACAAACAGUUCACCACCCUGAACAGGUUGGAUCGGCAUGAACAGAUCUGCAUGAGGUCAAGCCACAUGCCCAUUCCUGGAGGAAACCAACGCUUUCUAGAAAACUAUCCUACCAUUGGACAGAAUGGAGGUUCAUUCACAGGUCCAGAACCUUUAUUAUCUGAAAAUAGGAUUGGUGAAUUUUCCAGUACUGGAAGUACUUUGCCAGACACAGACCACAUGGUUAAAUUUGUGAAUGGGCAAAUGCUCUAUAGUUGCGUUGUGUGCAAACGUAGUUACGUGACCUUAUCCAGCCUCCGAAGGCAUGCAAAUGUUCACUCCUGGAGAAGAACAUAUCCUUGCCAUUACUGCAACAAAGUAUUUGCAUUGGCUGAGUACAGGACAAGGCAUGAAAUCUGGCAUACAGGAGAAAGACGGUAUCAGUGCAUUUUCUGUCUUGAAACUUUCAUGACCUACUAUAUACUCAAAAAUCAUCAGAAGUCUUUCCAUGCCAUCGAUCACAGACUUUCCAUCAGUAAAAAAACAGCAAAUGGAGGCUUGAAGCCUAGUGUCUAUCCAUAUAAACUUUAUAGGCUACUGCCUAUGAAAUGCAAGAGAGCCCCUUAUAAGAGCUAUCGAACUUCUUCCUAUGAAAAUGCACGAGAGAACAGUCAAAUGAAUGAGUCUGCAGCUGGUACCUAUGUUGUUCAGAAUCCACACAGCUCUGAAUUACCUACGCUGAAUUUCCAAGAUAGUGUAAACACCCUGACCAACAGUCCAGCCAUCCCAUUGGAAACAUCUGCAUGUCAGGACAUACCCACUUCAGCCAAUGUUCAAAAUGCAGAAGCCACCAAAUGGGGAGAGGAGGCAUUGAAAGUUGAUCUUGACAAUAACUUUUAUUCAACUGAGGUGUCAGUUUCUUCCACUGAAAAUGCUGUCAGUUCUGACCUCCGGGCAGGGGAUGUACCUGUUUUAUCUUUGAGUAAUGGCAGUGAGAAUGCCGCCUCUGUGAUCAGCUACAGUGGCUCUGCACCCUCAGUCAUUGUGCACAGCAGCCAGUUUUCAUCGGUGAUCAUGCACAGCAAUGCCAUUGCUGCCAUGACCAGCAGCAACCACAGAGCCUUUUCAGACCCAGCUGCCAGUCAGUCCUUGAAAGAUGACAGUAAACCUGAGCCGGAUAAAGUGGGUAGGUUUGCAAGCAAGUCCAAAAGCAUUAAGGAGAAAAAGAAAACUACACCACAUAACAGGGGAGAAAUAAUGGAGGAGUCAAAAUACGUUGCUGAUCCUGGAGGAUCAUUGAGCAAAACCACAAAUACUGCUGAAGAAACCAGCAAAAUUGAAACCUACAUUGCGAAACCUGCCCUUCCGGGAACCUCCACAAAUAGUAACGUUGCACCCCUCUGCCAAAUAACAGUGAAAAUUGGAAAUGAAGCUAUUGUGAAAAGGCACAUUCUAGGAUCUAAAUUGUUUUAUAAAAGAGGGAGAAGACCCAAGUAUCAGAUGCAGGAGGAGCCUUUGCCACAGGGGAAUGACCCAGAACCCAGUGGAGACAGCCCGCUUGGACUUUGCCAAUCCGAGUGCAUGGAGAUGAGUGAAGUGUUCGAUGAUGCAAGUGACCAGGAUUCCACUGACAAACCGUGGCGCCCUUACUACAACUACAAACCCAAAAAGAAAUCCAGACAGUUGAGAAAAAUGAGGAAAGUCAGCUGGAAGAAGGAGCACGGAAACAGGAGCCCGAGCCAUAAAUCUAAGUACCCAGCAGAACUGGAUUGCGCUGUGGGGAAGGCUCCUCAGGAUAAAGCCUUUGAGGAGGAAGAAACGAAAGAGAUGCCCAAGCUGCAGUGUGAACUCUGUGAUGGAGACAAAGCAGCGGGGGCUGGACACCCAGGAAGGCCCCACCGACAUCUUACUUCUCGGCCAUAUGCCUGCGAGCUUUGCGCCAAGCAGUUCCAGAGCCCUUCCACGCUCAAAAUGCACAUGAGGUGUCACACCGGGGAGAAGCCAUACCAGUGCAAGACCUGCGGACGGUGCUUUUCAGUGCAAGGAAACUUACAGAAACACGAACGUAUCCACCUGGGCUUAAAGGAGUUUGUCUGUCAGUAUUGCAACAAGGCAUUCACCUUGAAUGAGACCCUCAAAAUCCAUGAAAGAAUCCAUACCGGAGAAAAGCGUUACCACUGUCAGUUCUGCUUUCAGAGUUUUUUGUAUCUCUCCACAAAAAGGAAUCAUGAGCAGAGGCAUAUUCGGGAGCACAAUGGGAAGGGCUAUGCCUGCUUCCAGUGCCCCAAAAUUUGCAAAACAGCUGCUGCCCUUGGAAUGCACCAAAAGAAACACUUAUUCAAAAGCCCAAGCCAGCAGGAGAAAACAGGUGAUAUGUGCCACGAAUACUCAAAUCCCUUGGAGAAUCAACAUUUCAUAGAUUCAGAAGACAAUGACCAAAAGGAUAACAUACCAACCGGUGUGGAAAAUGUUGUCCUUUGAAUGGCAAGAGUUAGAAAAAUCUUCAAAAAUAUAGUUGGUAUUUUUUUUAGUUAGUUUUAAGUUUAGUUUAAUUUUGUUCACAUAACGGUCAUGAAGGAGUGAAAUGUGUAAAAAAAAAAAAACUCAUUUGUGAAAAUUCCAGAAAAAGGAUCCUAAUAUCUACCUUGGGUUUUAGCAUUAACUUUAUGCAAAGUGCACAGAAACAAAAUAGCUGAAUCCUCCAAUAUCCCAAGUAUCUUGUGAAAGUUAAUGAAGUUCUUAGCUGUGGUAUUUCUACCAGUGAAAAGAGGAAUUUAAUUUUAGCCUAAUUUAAAACUUUCUAAUAAUUACUAAUCGGAACUGGCUGCUGAACUGUCUUUAGUCACUGGAGAAAAUAAAGGUCAGCUAUCCUGAAGAUGGCACCUUCGUAAACAUGUUACGUGGUAAUGAGCUGUGUGACGGUCUUUAUUCCCAUCUGGCUUCUGCACUAUUAAAAUUUGUUUAAAUUAAUGGAUACAUAUGAAAUACUUAACAAUAUAACUGAAAUUAUGUGCAUAAUGAGUAACCUAAAGUAGGACAUUCAUACAUUAUGUAGAACUACUUUUCUGCAACACAAACCUUGUAAAAUACAUAUAUAAAUCACUAUGACUUUUAACUGUCCAUAUCCCCUGUAGAGAAUUAUGAUGAGCAAUAGAUCUGCAAAUAAUGAGGACUGAUGUAAAAAUCAGUAGAAAGCAUUUUGAAUAUGAUUUAAGAGCAUGUGUAUGCUUUUAGAUGGAAUGCUGUUCCCUUGAAGUUAUGGCUGAGCUGUUCUUAGAACUGGUCUACUUAAUUCACAGAAAACAUAGGUCAUGCCUUAUCUAUGGGGGAAAGCCCUCCCAGAAUUUACCUGUGAUUACCUGUGCUGCAUGUUACUUUGCAAUGGCCUCACCUCAGAGAAUGAAAGAGGGUCAAAUUCUUCCGAAACUCUCUGCAGUCUUCCAACCACAAGGCCAUGGAUGGUGGGGGUCUAUUCCAGACAGACUUAGGGGUUCACGUGGAACCUGCCAUCUCCCAUUCCACUGAAGGACUAAGAGAUUUAGUGUAAAGUACACUGCAGUAGUGAAUUCCCGGGCACUUGAAAGUGACUGCCUAAUCCCUACAAUUACUAGCCUUCUUGGAGAUUAUGCAGCCCACAAGUACCGACUAGUGUAAAGCAAAAGGACAACAGAACCCCAUCCUCCACCCCACUCAUUAAUGACUUGAGUGGGCAGGAAGAAGGGAUGACCUUCAUUGCCUAAAACAGUAGCUGUGUUUUUAGGGGAUGGGGAGGUAGGAUGUGGAGUGACAUGGUUCUGUUCCUUAAUUAUGUGACUCAAAUAUAUCCACAAAGCCAGUUGCUCUGUCUUCAUAUUUGCAGACAUCUAGACCCCUUGCUAAAAACCCACUGAAGUUUUUUUUAAUGUUCUUUUACACUGACCCACACCAUCAACAUUACCCUCAAAUCUAGUUGCCCUACAGCAUAUUCUGUCAUGUGGACUAGGUUCCUGGAAAGCUGGAACUCAUGAUUCUUACUACUUUAAACUGCCAGAAUAGGAGGGAGAGAGAAAACACUUCUACCCUUUGAUCACUGGUGUGAGCAGAAUCCGGAUUGCAGUUUCAGCAUGACCUGCAGUCAUUCAUGUUCAUUGGAUUUGACAGAUGGAAACCCAAGGUUAUCGAAGGUUGGAAGGUUAUCAUUGUGAAGAAGUAGUUCAAAGGACUCCAUUUUCUCUCUACAAGUGUGAUGUCUCCAUGAAGAAGACUUAGUGUGGAUUUGGGUGGGUAAGAAAGCAUUUAAACAUCCAGGAAAGGACAUGAUUAAAGUUGACCUUUUAAUACUGUAGUACCUUGCUGUUAAGUAACCCCACUAUUGUAUCUGCAUUUAUCUUUUGUUCAUCUACUUUCACUUACAUACAGUAUUAUAUAAGUAGAGAAAAAUGGGAAAAUGCAAGCAAAUUCAACUUUAUUUUAUACAUUGUAUAUAUGUAUACCCUACACUAUUCAUUUGGGUUUUGUUAAAGAGAUAGUCACAAAGGGCUUAUGAAAAUCAUUUUCGAAUUGAUAAUUAGAAUAUUGAAUAAGAAAUCCUGUGAUCCACUAAUUUUUUUCAGUAAUAUGAAUGAAAGAGAAUUACUGUGUAAUCUAGUCAUGCUGAUUUGAGUUAACCCCAAAUAUAAAAUUACCUGUAGUGAUGUCUCCUGGUCCUUACAUGUGGAUAUUUUUUAAGUGGACUUGUAUGCUGAUAAUUCUAGACCAAAGUAAAUAUGGCAGAAUAUUUAUACAUGAAAAAAUAAUUUUGCAAAUAUUUUCUAUAAUUGUAUUCAUUUAAAAUGUUGAUAGCUUGUGUUAGUUUCAGGGAGGGGUGUAUAUUUUGAUAAAAAAAUACUUGACUUUGUAAUUCUGUAUAUUCUAUACAAUUUAUAGCAGAGCCAUUUUAAGACAGCCUUGUCACAUUUUUUUGUUAAUUGUGAAAAUUUUAUUGAGUGAUGUUUAUGCAUUGAGUACAUGACCAACUAGAAUUAAAGUAAGUGUAAACAGUGAACAUACUGUAUGCUGUACAAGAUAUAAUGUAACUUGCUGUUUUAGCAUCUGUAUUUUGGUUAGAAGAUAUUAUUAAAUGCAGAUGUUAAGGAUUGGAAAAGUCUAAUUUUAUUUUUAGAAAUAAUGGAUAUAAAUUUGUUUUUGCUUGAUUAAAAUAGCUUAUUCCUACAUUAA